AUGCCAUUUACUGCCAAUGCCCGAUCACCAACAGUUACCAUGCCGAGACUCAAGGCUAUGACUACUGGUUCCAUUCCGUCAUUUGUUGACCUAAUUCUCAAUUUUGAUGAAGCAGACACGUCGUCGACCCUUGCUGCCCAAGACACCUGGCUUGCCCAGAUUCGAGCGGCUGACAAGGGCAAGUUGUUAAUGUUUGGUGAUGAUACCUGGCUCAAAUUAUUUCCCAACACCUUUGAUCGUUUUGAUGGCACAUCAAGCUUCUUUGUUUCUGAUUUCACAGAGGUCGACAACAAUGUCACUAGAAACAUUGCAGGAGAAUUGGACAAUACGGAUUGGGGUCUCAUGGUAUUGCAUUAUUUGGGCCUGGAUCAUAUUGGCCACAAGGCCGGACCACGAAGUGUCAACAUGCGCCCCAAACAAUACGAAAUGGACAGCAUUGUAAAAUCGAUUUACGAGGCGCUAGAGUCUAAGGAACACUUGAAAUCAACGUUGUUCGUGCUUUGUGGCGACCAUGGCAUGAACGAUGCUGGGAACCAUGGCGCAUCGUCGCCCGGCGAGACAUCUCCUGCGCUUGUGUUCAUAUCUCCAAAAUUCCAAGGUGUGAUUCCCAAGUUGACGGCACCAACGCAGCCCAAGAACGAGUUUGACUACUAUGUCAAAGUGGAACAGUCCGAUAUUACUCCAACAAUCGCUGCGUUGCUAGGGUUCCCGGUUUCAAAAAAUAACCUCGGUGCUUUCAUUCCCGAUUUUCUUUCAUUUUGGCCCAACACGAAGGAUAAGGUACAGAUUCUGACGCGCAAUGCGAGGCAAAUUCUUGGUAUUGUCACGGCUGCCUUUGGCUCAGAACUAUUUGAACCAAGCCCAAACACAGAUCCCUGUGCUCAGGACACGACCGACAUCAGCGCAUUAGCUUGUGACUGGUACAAGCUGAAUCAAGAAGUCGGUUCAUUACUUGGUUCCUCAAGUCUGGACCCAGCUUGGCUUUCUGCUAUGGCUGCUUGGCUCCGCAACGCUCAGGAUCUGAUGAGUAGUAUGGCCUCCAAUUACGAUAUCCCCAAACUGGUCUUCGGCGAAGCACUUGCCCUGGCGGCAGGUGUGUGCAGUUUGUUAACGGUGACAUGGCUCGGAACCAACACAGUUGGCAACAUAUUACCAUUGGCCCUCAUUACUUUGUCAUACGGCGGAAUGAUGUUUGCCAGUAGCUAUGUAGAAGAGGAGCAACACUUUUGGUACUGGGCUUCGACAUUUUGGAUAGCACACCUUGGAAUUACUGCUAUUCGAAGGACCAGAGCCACUUCAAGUGCACUGAGGUAUUUACUGGCACUUGGCACAGUUCGAUUAAUUAGAAGCUGGAACCAAACGGGUCAGAAAUUUGCAGGAGAGCCAGAUGUGGUCCAAUUGUUUAUCGCGCCCAACCCACCGCUUCUAUGGGGGUUGAUUAUCGCCUCAUAUAUUCUGGUUUCACUACAGGUUAUGUCUAGUAUUCAUGACUUGCCAUUUGUUGCAGUUACAUCGAUCACAUCCGUUCUCGCCUCUUCUGCCUUCACUUUUAAGCUGGCAUUUACAGCUGAGGACUCCCCGGAGCUUGUCACUGGCUUUGCCCGGAAAUUGCACGACAUGUUUCAUGGACAGUCAUUACUUUCAAGAGCCAGGGUGGUCUUCGCAGUGCUCUUUCUGGUGACUAGCUUUGCCAUUUACCAGGCUCGGAAGGGGGGCUUAAAGGCAAUAUCAUCAGCCAAAUUAAUACUUCACCUUUACGCAUUCCUGGCAAUGACGCAAUCUCGGGCGAAGAACAUCCCACUUGUCUUCUUCUCAACGCUGCUACUGCAUUUGCUAGACGUUACUAAACUGACAGUAAUCGAGAUCACCACAACCUCGAUACUCCUCCAAUACACCACCUUCUUCGCCUUUGGCGGUUCUAAUGCCAUUUCCUCCGUCGACUUAUCAAGUGCCUACAAUGGCAUCAGUGGCUUCAACGUCAUUGCUGUGGGCGUCCUCACAUUCAUUAGCAACUGGGCGGGGCCAAUAUUCUGGGUUGUUGCCACCAACCUACAUCUCUUGGAAAAGUACAGACAGGGCCAGCGACAGGUUUUUCGUCACCACCUGGCUCUACUCACUUUAUUCGCAACGGCAAGUACUGCUUUCACCAUGGCAGCUUGCACAGCUCUACGAACACAUCUCUUUAUUUGGACUGUAUUCUCACCCAAAUACCUGUAUUGUAUGGCGUGGAGUCUGGCACAACAUUUGCUUAUCAAUGUUGGCUUAGGUAGCCUUCUAUUUGCUCUUGGCGCGAGAUAA